GGUCUGCGGGCGGGAGCGAGCCACCGGCGGCGCCUGCACCUCCCACGAAGCCUCCCGCCUGCCGUGCGUUCCCGGUGCUCAAACCUCCGCCCCCGCCGGACUCCAAAGUGUGACCGCGGAGCCUCCUGCGGAACUUCUGUCCACCCGUCCUCCCGCCAGCCAGCUCCAGGAUGGGCGAGUUCAACGAGAAGAAGGCGACCUGUGGCACCGUCUGCCUCAAGUACCUGCUCUUCACCUUCAACUGCUGCUUCUGGCUAGCGGGUCUGGCCGUCAUGGCUGUGGGCAUCUGGACGCUGGCCCUGAAGAGUGACUACAUCAGCCUGCUGGCCUCGGGCACCUACCUGGCCACAGCCUACAUCCUGGUUGUGGCUGGCGUCGUUGUCAUGGUCACCGGCAUCCUGGGCUGCUGUGCCACCUUCAAAGAGCGGCGGAACCUGCUGUGCCUGUACUUCAUCCUACUCCUCAUCAUCUUCCUGCUGGAGAUUGUUGCUGGCGUCCUUGCCUACGUCUACUACCAGCAGCUGAACAUGGAACUCAAGGAGAACCUGAAGGACACCAUGACCAAGCGGUACCGCCAGCCGGGGCACGAGGGCGUGACCAGCGCCGUGGACAAGCUGCAGCAGGAGUUCCGCUGCUGUGGCAGCAACAACUCCCAGGACUGGCGGGACAGCGAGUGGAUCCGCUCCGAGGAGGCGAAUGGCCGCGCAGUCCCGGACAGCUGCUGCAAGACCAUGGUGGCCAACUGCGGCCAGCGGGAUCACGCCUCCAACAUCUACAAGGUGGAGGGCGGCUGCAUCACCAAGCUGGAGACCUUCAUCCAGGAGCACCUGAGGGUCAUCGGGGCCGUGGGCCUCGGCAUCGCCUGCGUGCAGGUGUUCGGCAUGAUCUUCACGUGCUGCCUGUACAAGAGCCUGAAGCUGGAGCACUACUGACCCUGCCCGGGCCCGGCCCUGCGCAUGCGCCGCUGCAGUUUCCCGCAGACCGACUACUGAGCUGACACUACUGAUGGCCGGGGGCGGCGCCCCCUGGAUGCUUUCCCUCUCCCCCCUCUGCAAGGGAGGUUGUUGUGUUCCCGUGCCCUCACCACCGUGCCAUCACCGUGACUUCUGGGGACCCCCACCCCAGAGCGAGCGUCAAGUGCCUUUUGCUGCACACCAAAGUCCCGAGGCCUGAGGCAGGCAGGGUCUCCUCCAGCCGUGGGGGGCAGCACUUCUGCCCCGGGGGGUGGGGGGGCCUGGGCCGCAGGUGGGGUGAUGAGGUUCUGACAAUCACGUGCUCCAUUCCCACAGGCCACCUCCCUGUGGGGUCCUGGGACCUCGGGCUGCACUCUGAUGCCUGUGCUUAGCCGAAGGGCUGGGCUGGUCUGGGGGCUGGCCAGGCGAGAAUGGGCUGGGCUGGCCGGCGCCAGGUGCCACCACAGCCUGCAUGGUGGCCGGGCA